GAGAGGAGUUCCUACGGCUAACAAGACGAACCGAGGAGGAAAAAAAACAAGGAAGUGGCCGGAUGGGGAAUUGCAGUGCAUACUCCCGAGAGCACCAUUAGAGGAUGCUGCUUUCUCCCAGGACGAAUAAGAAUGGCACAUACGAUGUCCGGCUGAGUCCGCAAAACGCUUGUUACUGGCUCCCUGGAAGCAGAAGCGUCAAAAUAUGUGCGCAGGCUUCGCAAGAUAACGCAGAGUAACCCGUCGGACCCUUACAUUUCAAAUAGUUCCCAUUACAUCAUCAUGAACUUGGUGACGUGGGAGAACCUCCACGAGGUGCGGCGGUUGUGCCAUUGGGGGCCGGUCAUCGCCCUGUCCGUCAUCGUUGUGUGCUCCUCCAUGGCCGUGCUGGAUUCCAUCAUCUGGUACUGGCCUCUGGACACGGCCGGCGGCAGCAUCAACUUCAUCAUGCUCCUCAACUGGACCGUCCUUAUCCUUUACAACUACUUCAACGCCAUGUUCGUCGGGCCUGGGUACGUGCCCCUCGGAUGGAAGCCCGAGACUCAAGAAGACACCCAGUACUUGCAGUUUUGCAGUGUUUGCCAAGGCUUCAAGGCGCCGAGGUCCCACCAUUGCCGCAAGUGUAACAGGUGUGUGAUGAAGAUGGACCACCACUGCCCCUGGAUCAACAACUGCUGCGGCCACCAGAACCACGCCUACUUCACCAGCUUCCUGCUGCUGGCCCCGCUGGGCUGCUCGCACGCCGCCAUUAUCUUCGUCACGACCAUGUACACGCAGCUCUACGAGAGGAUCUCAUUCGGCUGGAGCACGGUGAAGAUCGACAUGAGCGCCGUGCGCCAGAGCCAGCCCCUCAUGCCCUUCAGCGUCGCCGCCUUCGCCGCCACCCUCUUCGCCUUGGGCCUGGCGCUCGGCACCACCAUCGCCGUCGGCAUGCUCUUCGUCAUACAGCUAAAAGUCAUCAUUCGAAACAAAACCUCAAUCGAGUCUUGGAUCGAGGAAAAGGCCAAAGACAGAAUACAGCACUACCAAACCGGGGAGAAGUUCAUCUUCCCGUAUGACCUCGGCAGCCGCCGCCUCAACUUCAAGGAGGUCUUCACGUGGUCGGGGGCGCCCGAAGGAGACGGCCUCCACUGGCCCGUCCACCCCGAGUGUCACCAGCACACCUUAACGAUCGAGCAACUGAAGCAGAAGGCCGACAAACGAGUGAGAAGUCAGGUGCAGUACCAGGCGGUGGAGGACUACAAUGGCGCCUGCUGCCCCAUGACCAAGGGCAUCCAAACCUUUUUCCGGACCCCUUGCACAGAGGAGCCCAGGAUACCCUUACAGCAGGGGGAUACCAUCCUGGCCACCCGUGGCACCAAGUGGUGGAUGUAUGGAGACAAAGUUUUGAACGAGGAGCAAACAAGAGCGGGGGAGCGCAUCCGCGGAUGGUUUCCGCGGCGAUGCGUGGAGAAGUGCCAUUACGACACCGCGACCGUCGACAACGCCGGCGAUAAGAAAGCCAACUAACACGGUUGUCCAAUCUCGUAAAAUGUAUGCUGAUGUCACGCCGGGUGCUGCAAAGCUCGCUGCAUAAAUAUUCUGGUCAACACACAUUUUGAUACUGACUUGAAUUUGUCCUCAAAAAAAGGCCCGAAAGUCUUACUGAGCAUCAGUCAUCAGUCUUAAUUUCAACAAGGCUUUAAUGUGACUACAUAAGAUGUUUGACUUGAAUUCUGUUGUUUUAUAUGCGUGCCAAUGUUGUGCAUUUUUUGCUAAUUAUGCAAUGCCUCUGCUGCCCCAGCCGGCCAACCCCAGGCCUUCUUCUUGCAACUCUUUCUACUACUGUAGCCCGAUAAAUAGCGCUUGAUUUGUUUCUAUUAUGUUUUGUACAAACAAGCCGUUUGCCACAAAUUAAAAAGAUUCCAAAACAUU